AAAAGGAAUCAUAAAUUCUUAGGCAAAGUGGUUGAAGAAGAGGCCAGGAACACGGAUGAAGGGAGAUUGGGAAUCUUUUUGUUUUGUUUGAGAGAGUUUCAUGUAGCCCAAGCUGGCUUUGAAGUAAAUAUGUAGUGAAAAAUGAUCUUGAACCUCUAAUCCUCCCGGCCCUAUCCCCAAGUGCCGGGGGUGACUAGUGUGCACACCUGGCAAGCACGCCGCCAUGGAGCUGCAUUCCUAGCUUCUGUUUUUGUUUGUUUGUUUUGAGACAGGAUCUCACACUGUGUAGUCUACCAGGCCUAGAACUCAUUGGGUGGCCCGGACCUGGCCUUGGCCUUUUGGCCUCUUGCCUCUGGCCUCCUUGAGGCUAGGAUUGCAGGCAUAAGCCACCAAGUGGCUGGCUUUGGAAAUCUUGAGGUUGCCAGGCAGGAAUGCUUGGGGAGGGAGGCCUUCUAAAGUGGAGGUGGUCCCCCUUACCCCAAAUCAGAGGUACGAGCCAGUCCUACCUAUAAUGUCCUUGGCAGCUGCCUCCUUGGCAUGGGGGUGAAGAGAUGCCUUCAGACUGGAGGCAACACGCUUAAUCUCUUAACCAGCAUCCUCACAAUACUGUCCACUGCCACCAACUACUGGAUCCGACAACAGGGGACAUACAGCGGCCUGUGGCAGGAGUGUAACCAUGGCAUCUGCACCAACAUGCCCUGCCAGAACACCCUGGCAGUGACAGCAGCGUGCAUGGUGUUGGCAGCGGCCUUCAGUGUCAUAUCUUUGGGGAUAGGAAUGAGGAUUCGGUGCCAAGAGGGCCAGGCGCUGCGUAGCCGGAACGCCGUCCUCUUACUGUUCCUCAGUGGGCUGCUGCUGCUGAUUGCCUUGUCCGUGUACACUGCAAAGAAUGCCUGGAAGCCAGACGUCUUCUUCUCCUGGUCCUACUUUUUCGGAUGGCUGGCUUUACCCUUCUCCUUUCUUGCCGGCUUCUGCUUUCUGCUGGCGGACAUGAUCAUGCAGAGCACCGAAGCCAUCGGCGGGUUCCCCGUGUGCCUGUGAAAGCAGCCUGCCUGGGGCAGAAUAAAGGAUUGGCUUUUAGCACCAAUUCUGCGUGCUUUUCUGCGGGACGUGAGACAGAGGCCUGAAGACUACGGGAACACAGAUACGGUGGCCUGUAGAAAGUUAA